AUGUUAUUACUUGACUUGGACGUCAUAGAUGCAGCCAACUAUUUGGAAUUGAAAGGAGUAUUUCCCGACGGAAUAACGGAAUUAAUAAAAAUUAAGCCAACGCGUUUGGAGAGAUUCUCAUUGUUCUUGCAUCAAUACAAGCGCUCGUGCACCUCCCUGGACCCACUAAAUGGUUAUCUUGUGGAUUACUCGGGACAAGAACAUAUCAAAUAUGCACUUGAUGAUGUCUAUGAAAGCACGAGCGAGCCGCAGGUUAACUUCACAGACCAAUCACGUUUCGCGGCGAUUUCAUCGUAUACGGAUUCUCUGCGUACCGGAUAUGUCCCCAAUCUACGUGGCAUUCCAAGACUUGGGGAAUCGAAAAAAUUAGCUGAUCGACUGUGUGAGGCUUCUAUGCAAGGUGAAGGUGGAUUUAUGGCGCUGAAUGGGACGGUGGGUGUCGGAAAAACGGAUUUGGUGGCCCAAACCUUACGCCGCCAUCGGAAUCUCUUGGGAUUGUACUAUGAGGGUAUUGCCUGGAUUCGAUGUUCCCGAUAUGAGCGAAUGGAGCUGCAAGCAUUUGCUAUUGACCUAUAUCUAACCAUUUGUGAUGAUGCGGCUAAUAAUGGGAAACUCUUCACAAGAAACACUAACCAACUAUCGGAACUCAUAAAUGACGCCCUACUUGAUCGUCCUCAGUUAUUGAUCGUUGUCGAUGACCUGAUCCAUGAAGAAUUUUAUCACUGGUUGCUACAGAUCAAUGGACGAAUCUUGGCAACAGGCAGAAACUUCGAUUUCCAUGGUAGCCAUCGGCAUCAUUCUGAAAUCCACCAGGCUCCACCUUUGACUUUUCAGGAGCUUGUGCAGCUUCAUGAUCAGAUGACAAUUUGUCGUCCCAACGUUCACGCCGAAUGCACGAAAAGCCUUGAUCUUGCUAAGAACUGCCAGGAGAAUAUUUGCAAACAACGAGUCGGGUUGUACGAAAUAACGGGCGGAAAUCCAGCUUUUGCUUGCUUCAUUCUAGCACACGCGCAGGAAAAGACUAUCAGUCUGACUGAGAUCUACGAGCGGAUAGCCGCUAAAGGGCUGCAUGUUGUCCCAGCGCGGAUCAAUUACAAAUACGAUUCAAUGCGUGAUGCUAUGUGUUUUUCAUACCAAUGCUUGCCCGAGUCACUGUGGCGGCUGGUUGGGUACCUUGGAGCUCUCCCAUCAGAAGAAUGGAUUUCAGCAUUGGUAUGGGAUUGUAUUUUACCGAUAGAUAAACCCGAUCGUAAGCACAGCCGCAAUGAACCACCAUACCCGGUAACUCCGUAUCUUCAACGCUUCGUACAAAAUUCAUGGUUGCGGGAAGAAGAGGGAAAAUAUUUGAUUCCGAAAGUGGUUUCAUUAUUUUCCUAUCACAUCGCGAAAAGUGAACUGGAAGAGAUUCACUACACCAUCAACGCGGCAAAAGAAGAAUUAAUAGCGGCGGGCGAAGUUGAAUUCGUGGGAAAACUUCCAGAUAUCUUUAAUCAACAU